GGUUAGAGGAUGUAGAAACAAUAAAAGCCGAAUUCCCGCCACGAGUUUCAAGUUAGUUAUGUUAGUUAAGAAACAGUAGAAAAUUUUAGUAUUAGUUAGAUUAGUGGAGGAAAGUAUAUAUGGAGCCUCUGUGUGAGUAUUGUGGAGUUGUGAGGGCUGUAGUGUAUUGUAAAUCGGACUCGGCUAGACUUUGCCUGCACUGCGAUAGCUGUGUGCACUCUGCCAAUUCUUUGUCUCGGAGGCAUCCUCGAUCGCUCAUCUGUGACAAGUGCAAUUCGCAGCCUGCAAUAGUCCGGUGCAUGGAUGAUAAAAUGUCUCUGUGCCAGGGUUGUGACUGGAAUGGAAAUGGCUGCUCAGGGUCAGGGCAUAGGCGUCAGACAUUGAAUUAUUAUACUGGAUGUCCUCCCCUGGCUGAGUUCUCAAAGAUUUGGUCUUCGGUUCUUGAUGUGCCUUCUUCCGGUAGUUCUGGUGCCGGUUGGGGUCCUCUAAAUGCCCUGCCCGUCAAUGAGAGUGAUAGUUUGGAGCCUAGAGGUGAUAAGGGGCCAAUUGGGUUGGUGGCAAGCAAUUUUAGUCAGUUACAACCUUGUGCCCCUUGGAUCGGUUCAUCUGCUGUAAUUCCAGCUGACCUGAAACAGAUACCACCAUGCAAUAAAGAUCAAGCAUCUUUAUUUCCUGAGGGAUCAACCCUGUCAAAGGGUUAUUCCAAUUUCAAGAAUCUUGAACUCCAUGAAGGUGACAAUCUCUGUGAAGGUCUCGAUAUGGAUGAUGUUGCAGUGAACUUUGAGAGUGGUGAUGAAAUAUUUGGCUCUUCAGAAGGUCAUCCUGAUAUUCAUUUUGACGAUGGAGGAAUGGAUUGCCUAUUAAUGGAGAAAAACUUAUCGGUAACUGAAUCUAAUGGACAUAUCGAAAAUCCUUUAGAGGCAUUAUCAUCAGGACGACAAGACUACAUGGCUUUUCAAUCAUCGCGUAUUGUGGAGACACCUAAUGUGAUGCAAACUAUGAGUGACAAUGCUAAUUGUAUGCUUAUGAACCCCAACUGCAACAGAUAUCUUGGCCUAGGUUUUUCACCUAGACAAGUUCAUUCGAGUGUAUCACUUUCACUAUCCAACAUCACUGGUGAAAGCACUGCUGCUGAUUAUCAAGAUUGUGGAUUAUCGCCAGUAUUUCUGACGGGUGAAUCACCUUGGGAGCCGAAUCUGGAAGCUAGUAGCCCACAGGCAAGGGACAGAGCUAAAAUGAGAUACAAUGAAAAAAAGAAAACACGCAUAUUUGGUAAACAAAUAAGAUAUGCUUCCCGUAAAGCCAGAGCUGAUACUAGAAAGCGCGUGAAAGGUAGAUUUGUGAAGGCAGGUGAAGCAUAUGACUAUGAUCCUCUUACAACAAGGAACUUCUAAGUGAGAUCACCACUUCUCAGUCCAUUGCCUUACAUUUCAAGGCCUUACUG